AUGACGCAGGAAGGCGGCGGGCAGGGCCCGGCGCCGGCGCCGCCGGCCGGGCGCAAGGAGACCGAGAUCAAAGCCGUCAUCGUGGGCGACGGCGGCUGCGGCAAGACCUCGCUGCUCAUGGUCUUCGCCAGGGGGGACUUCCCCAAGGUCUACGUCCCCACAGUGUUUGAGAAGUACACAGCCUCCUUCCAGGUUGGCGGCAAGCCCGUGAAGAUCCACCUCUGGGACACGGCAGGACAGGAAGAUUAUGACAGGCUUCGCCCACUGUCUUACUCAGACGCCAAUGUUAUCCUCAUGUGCUUUGAUGUCACCAACCCCAGCAGCUACGACAACAUCCUCACGAAGUGGUGCCCGGAGGUGAGCCACUUCUGCAAGGGCGUCCCCGUGGUGCUCGUGGGCUGCAAGACGGACCUGCGGAAGGACCGGGCCGUGCUGCGCCGCCUCCACGAGGACCGCCUGGAGCCCAUCACCUACCAACGGGGGGAGGCCAUGGCCCGCCUGGUGCGCGCCGCGUCCUACUUCGAGUGCUCGGCCAAGUACCAGGAGAACAUCUCGUCCAUCUUCACGGCGGCGUGCGGCGCCGCGCUGGGCGCCGCGCGGAGGAGCCCGCGCCGCCGGCGGCCCAAGCGGGGCUGCAGCGUCUGCUGA